AAGAAAGAUGUAGAAAGAAAGAGGAGAGAUAUAAAAGAAAUAGGGAGAGAUAUUUUGUAUAAGGAGGCGCGUUUCGUGCGUUUGAGCCAGAAACGCGCGCUUAGAAGUUCCGAGUCCCGGAAGCCGGCGGGAACUGUCACCGCGCGAUUCCUGAGCUAAUGCCCAAAUCAGUUUCAGAGCUUUAUGAGCCGAGGCCCGUUACCAGGGUCCUGGUAGUUCAAAGAAUCCCCUGCCUUUACCAACCGGGCUUGCAAGUUCUUCGUCUAGUGGAGACGACGUAAGGAAUAGCAUAGCUAAUGCACAAAUCAGUUUCAGAGCUUUAUGAGCCGAGGCCCGUUACCAGGGUCCUGGUAGUUCAAAGAAUCCCCUGCCUUUAACCAACCGGGCUUGCAAGUUCUUCGUCUAGUGGAGACGACGUGAGGAAUAGCAUGUUAUCAUCGUAACGUACGCUUGAAUCUGGGAGCUAAGGCUUGCAAAGCAUGAUCCAUUAAUGUGUUGGUUGACCUGCCUCUUGGUCGGAUGCUAAUGGAACUGCUCAUCUUCAUGCACUCGGUAGUCAUGACAUUUUGCAGUGUGAAAUGCUGUUAUUGUGAAUGAAUUGGGAUCUGAGCAGUGGCAAACAGGAGGUGGUUAUGUACAGAUUAAAUAUACAACUCUAUUUUUUCCACAAGGACUAUCAUUGGCUUAAGCAUUUAGAAUUUAAUCAUCGUAUCCACAGUGCGGUGAAUUCCAAAGGUAUUAGCUAUUCCAUUCUUGAUUCCAAUCAGCUUCUUAAUGCCUUGUCUAAAUCUGGACAAGUUGAUGAAGCCCGUCAAAUGUUUGACAUUAUGCCUACUCGUGAUGAGUGUACUUGGAACACAAUGAUUGCUGCUUAUGCUAACUCAGGAAGACUAACUGAAGCCAAACAACUUUUUGAUGAAGCUCCAGAAAGGAGUUCUAUUACCUGGUCUUCCCUCAUUUCUGGGUGUUGUCAUCAUGGUUUUGCAAUUGAUACAGUUGCACUAUUUUGGAAAAUGCAAUUUGAGGGACAAAAACCCAACCAGUACAUAUUGGGCAGUGUUCUUAGGGCAUGUUCCAAAUUUUCUCUGCUUCAAAGAGGGGAGCAGAUUCAUGCAUAUGCCAUAAAGACCCAAUUUGACUCAAAUGUUUUUGUUGCAACUGGUUUGGUUGAUAUGUAUGCAAAGUGCAAGCAUAUUUGGGAAGCUGAGUAUCUCUUUGAAAUGACACCAAAUAGGAAAAAUCAUGUGCUUUGGACUGCCAUGGUUACUGGGUACUCACAAAAUGGUGACAGCCUCAGAGCAAUUAAAACCUUUUGUGAGAUGCGAACAGAAGGGAUUGAGCCUAACCAGUUUACCUUCCCAGGCAUAUUGACUGCUUGUGCGGCAGUUUCAGCACAUAAUUUUGGAGCACAGGUGCAUGCUUGUAUAGUUCAUAGUGGUUUUGAGGCAAAUAUAUUUGUUAAAAGUGCUAUGGUUGAUAUGUAUGCAAAAUGUGGAGAUCUGUGUUAUGCAAGGAGAAUGUUAGGGAUGAUAGGGUUUGAAGAUGUUGUUUCUUGGAAUUCCAUGAUAGGUGCAUGCGUAAGGCAAGGAUUCAAAGAAGAAGCUUUAACUUUGUUUCAACAAAUGCACUCAAGAAAUAUGAAGAUUGAUGAUUUCACAUAUCCUUCCAUUUUAAAUGCUUUAGCAACCAUGAUGGAUGUGAAAAGUGCAGAUUCAAUCCAUUGUUUGAUUGCCAAAAGUGGAUUUGAGGCUUACCAGCAUGUGAGCAAUGCUCUAGUUGACAUGUACGCGAAACAUAGAAACUUAGGUUCUGCAAUUAAAGUGUUUAACCAGAUGAAAGUCAGGGACGUGAUCUCAUGGACUUCCCUUGUCACAGGUCAUGCACACAAUGGUUUCCAUGAAGAAGCAAUCAAGUUGUUUAGUAACAUGAGAAUAGCAGGAAUAUUUCCAGACCAGUUUGUCUUUGCCAGCGUAUUGAGCACUUGUGCAGAAUUAACAGUUUUGGAAUUUGGGCAGCAAGUUCAUGGUAAUUUCAUUAAAUUUGGCCUUGGACCAUCUUUAUCAGUAGAUAAUUCACUCAUUACAAUGUAUGCUAAAUGUGGGAGCAUAGAAGAUGCAGAUAGGGUCUUUAACACAAUGCAGUUGCGGAAUGUGGUUACUUGGACUGCUCUAAUAGUUGGCUAUGCCCAAAAUGGUAAAGGAAAGGAUUCAAUACAAUUCUAUGACCAAAUGAUUGCAAGUGGCAUGAGACCAGAUUUUAUUACUUUUAUUGGUUUGUUGUUUGCUUGUAGCCAUGCAGGUCUUGUUGAAAAUGGUCGCACCUACUUCAACUCCAUGGACACCGUUUACGGGAUAAAACCAGGUCCUGAACAUUAUGCCUGUAUGAUUGACCUUUUGAGCCGCUCUGGAAGAGUUGUUGAGGCCAAGGAGUUACUUGAUCAAAUGGUGGUGGAACCAGAUGCAACUGUAUGGAAGGCAUUGCUUUCUGCUUGUAGAGUACAUGGGAAUGUGGAGCUGGCAGAAAGGGCAGCAAAGAAUCUGUUUGCCUUGGAGCCCCAAAAUGCUAUGCCUUACAUUCUGUUAUCGAAUAUCUAUUCUGCUGCUGGUCGGUGGGAAGAUGCUGCAAGAAUCCGAGGGUUAAUGAAAUCACAAGGGAUCAGCAAGGAACCUGGGUGUAGUUGGCUUGAGAUGAACAGCAGAGUCCACAUAUUUUUGUCCGAUGAUAGAAGCCAUCCAAUGACAACUCAGAUCUACAGGAAGCUUGAUGAGAUCAUGGUCUUGAUUAAGAAAGAUGGAUAUGCGCCUGAUAUGAGUUUUGCUCUCCAUGACAUGGAUGAGGAGGGUAAGGAGCUUGGCCUUGCGUAUCACAGUGAGAAGUUGGCAAUUGCUUUUGGGCUUCUGACUCUGCCGCAGGGAGCACCCAUUCGAAUAUUUAAGAACCUUCGGAUUUGUGGGGAUUGCCAUAUUGCAAUGAAGUUUAUAUCAGUCACCUUUCAUCGGCAUAUUAUUUUGAGGGAUUCAAAUUGUUUUCAUCAUUUCAGAGAAGGAAUGUGUUCUUGUGGUGAUUAUUGGUAGAAGAUGAUCUAACUUGAUCCAGUGGGGACUAUUGGUUGAGAUUCAUCUUGCCAUGUGCAUGCCUCCUAUUUAAAUUGUUCUGGGCAUUCAAAUUAAAAGAGUGAUAGAGUAAGUCAAUCCCUGUAUUGUUAGAAAAGACUUAUUUUUGUCCCUCUACUUUGAAUUAAUAGAAUUAAGGACUUAUACUUAUUAAACUUAUACAAAUAAAAUUAUCAUCCAAAAUAAGUUAAAACUGUC